AUGCAGACAGAAGACUUUCUUGAACACACAGGUAAGAGUCUUGACUGAGAAGAGUGGCACUGUGGGUCCUCAGAGAUUUGAGUGAUAUAAUCCUAUUUUUAAAUCGAGAAUUACGACAUGAAACUGUCAACUGAUCGGCAUUUUCACUAUCUUAGACAACGCGAUAAUCUUUUUUAUGCUGAUGUCAUGACUUCAUGAAUAGAUUAUUUGCUUUGCUAUAUCAAUUAUAAAUUUGUUUUGAUACUACACAAAAUUUGAGGAUGCUCUUGAUAUGAAAGUAUCAGAAAUUGGCAUUUUACCCAUUUUUACUCUUCAUGGAUCAAAUUAAUUGUCAAUUCUAUUUUUUAAAUGUGAUUUUAAUAUGUCAAAUUUUUUUACAAGAAACAAGAAAAGUAAACCUAACAUUUACAAAAACAAAAUUGUGAAACUACUUUCACAUCCAUUAAAGAGUUAGGUGACUUAGAUAUUAAAUUUAUUAAAUCCAAUCCCUUUCUCAUUAGCCAAAUUUCUCUAUUCAGUCUUAUAUUAAAAGCUUGAUACUCAUUUGACUGCCCAACUCUAGUGACCAACUCACAUCUUUAUAAAUGUACUGUAUAUGCAAGAGUAAACAUUAUACUUUGCACAAAUCCUGCAAAUGUAUGUUCAUUUAUUUAUGAAAAAUUCAGAUAUUUAUAAAAACAAAAAAAAAAUUCAAAAUGAUCAGCAGAUGAAUUACUAUUUGUAAUGAUUAUAGUUUGCAGCUUUCCUUUGUUAAAAUGUUUGCAUCAUAAACACAAAAAGACAGUAAUCAUAAGCAGUACUCUUGGAGUCCCUAUUCUUACUUUUUCACAGUUAAUUGGGUCUAUCAAAAACAGAUCAUCAAAUGUAGAUUAAACCCCCCUGUCUCUGGUAUGAGGGUCUUUGUUCUCCAGAGUUUUUUUUUUAAUCUAGCUUUGGCACGAUAUUUCUAUAUUUAGUUUUAAUGAUGUGAUGAUAUGUUGCCACUGCUGACCAACUGGCGCCCAUUAGUGUCCAUGCUGUCCAGGGACGGGGUUUGAGCAUCAUUCAGCAUCACAUGCCGCUGUACCUGCUCUCCUCCAACAUGGACCAGUGUUUGGCCCUGACGUCAGCCGUCACCGCCCUGCUGCCUGCCUGCCUGCAGUCUCCCAGCCUACAGAUGAUGAUGAUGAUGAUGGAGAUGGGAGAAGCAGCGGCCUCCCCGUGAAUCCCAUCCGGCUUCGCAAGGAAGAGGAGGAAUUCAGGAGCACUGAAAGUGAAAUAAGUAUUGGGAUAAUAUCGAACACUUUCGAAUGGGGACAGCUUUCACGUCUGGCACCGGAAGAGAUGCUCCGCAGCAGCGGCAGCAGCAGCAGCCGAGCGCGAGGGAGCGGCGGGCUGUGCCGCUCCGGUCGGGGUGUUCCUCAGUUUGGCAGGGCUCCUGCACGCGCGCCUACUGUGGAGGCGAUUUAG